AGGUCGAAUGAGACGUUGAGGGAGUUUAUCCAACGUUUCAAUGGAGAGGCACUAGAGAUUGAGGACUUGGACCAGUCUGUGGCCUUAGCCGCACUCAUGAAUGGGGUCCGAAAGUCUUCAAGGUUUGCUUUCUCUUUGGCGAAAAAGCCACCGCUAUCCCUCCCUGAUCUGUUCAGUAGGGCCGAAAAGUACAUCAACGCUGAGGAGAUGUCCAGAGCGGAGGAUGAGCAUGAGACCUCUGAAAGAAAGAGAACAAGGGACCCUGGUGACGAUAAUGGCGGAAAGAGGAAAAAAGUAUGGGAUAGGCUGUCUGUCACGACCAACUCGUCGAAGGAUCGGUCCAAUCUCCCGAGGUUUGAAAGGUAUACUCCUUUACGUGCUACAAAGAAUGAAGUCUUGAUGUAUAUUCGAGAUAAGGACUAUGUCAAGUGGCCAACCAAGAUGAGAACACCUGCAAACAAAAGAAGCCGUGAUAAGUAUUGUCGUUUCCACAGAGACCACGGUCACGAUACCGAGGACUGUGAGACCCUAAAAAACGAGAUUGAGGACUUGAUACGCAGAGGAUACCUUAAGAAAUUUGUGGGAAAAGACAGAAGCAGCCCUCAACCCCGGCGAAGCCGCUCGAAAGAUCGAAGUCGUAGUCCUAGGAGGGGUAAUCCUAGGGCCCGAAGUCCGAGGAGGGACAACACUCAAGUUGCUGGGGUCAUAGCCGAAAUCGCUGGAGGACCAUCCGGUGGAGAAAGCAAUUCUGCUCGCAAAGCAUAUGCAAGGCAACCUAGAACAAGCGAUCCGCAAGAGAAAAAAGCUCGUAGGGAGACACAAAUAACCUUUACCGAGGAAGACACGGGUAACAUUCUAACUCCUCAUGAUGAUCCCAUGGUCGUUACGCUUACGAUUGGGAAUUACGGGGUCAAAAGAGUGUUGGUGGAUAGUGGCAGCUCGGCUGAUAUCAUAUUCUAUGAUGCAUUCGAGAAGAUGAAAAUUGGUCGUGAACGACUAAGGCCAGUCAAAACUCCACUCAUGGGGUUCACAGGUGAAACCGUGGAGCCGGAGGGAAUUAUAACUCUCCCGUUAACUGCAGGGGAUUCACCCCAGCAGACCACGGUCAUGAUGGAUUUCUUAGUUGUGAAGGUCCCUUCCGGUUACAAUGUCAUCCUUGGACGACCAGGGUUGAACAAGAUGAAGGCCAUA